AUGUCAUUCCUCUUUCGAACAUCCUUACGAGCAGCCUCCUCCUCAACCCCAUCAUCAUCCCGACUAACCCUCCCAGCCCUAUCCAUGGCUAUACGUCACAACUCUACCGCAUCGAGUGAAUCGACUCCACCUACAUCAGGUGAACUAUUCACCCCUUCUUCUUCUUCUCGCUCUUCGUCGAAUAUUAAAAAUCUAUUCCAAUCGAACGGAUUCUCCAAAUUGAAAUUCGACCCAAUCUCAUCUUCGGCAAGUGAAGGAAAAGGACAAGGAGAAGAUAGUGAUGGAGAAGCAUGGUGGAGACAAUUAAGUAAAAAUGCCAAAGAAGGUUUCCCCACUACUCCCUCGACAGGUCGAUCGAUAGUCGUUUCGAGAGGUGGAGAUUUUCAAACUUCUUAUAAGAGAUUACAAGGUUUACUCAGACAGAGUAACUUAAAGAAGGAAUUGAGGUUACAAGAAUAUCAUGAGAAGCCUUCUGUGAGGAGAAGGAGGUUGAUUAGUGAGAGACAUAGAAGGAGGUUUAAGGAGAUGGUACGAACAAAAGUACAACAAGUAGUAUCGAUGAGGAACAGAGGAUAG